AUUGGAUAUUGGAGGUGAUUAGCAACCUUAUUCAAAGCGCAAUGCUACUUGGUUGUCGCCGAACAUCAGGGUGUCUUAAUUCAAGGCUUGUGUUAUUACUGAUUAUUUUCAAUUAGUCAUCUUCAGAUGGCGAGGCUGGCACCGGGAGUAAAGUAUCUCCAAAGAUGCCUGCCACCGCUUAACUCCAAAACCGGUUGCGUGCAUAUUUUUUUCUUCACUUUGGUGAUAUACACAUGCUACCACCUAUCGCGAAAACCAAUUAGUAUUGUAAAGUCAGUACUACACCACAAUUGUUCCGAAGAGGCUCGCAAGGAGGGAAAAGUCAUAGUUCCUGGCAAUGAAACAUUUUGUGAUUGGGCUCCUUUUGAUGGUCAAAAUUAUGACUCUCUUUUUGGAGCACUUGACCUUAUCUUCCUUUCCUUUUAUGCCGUCAGCAUGUUCUUAAGUGGACAUGUUGCAGAUAAACUUGACCUUCGGAUUUACCUAUGCUUUGGUACUCUUCUUUCUGGUAUUACAACAGUAGCUUUUGGUCUUGGAUACUUUUUAAAUAUUCAUUCGUUUGCUUACUAUGCAGUUGUUCAGG